AUGCUGAUCCAUAGAGAUGGGAUGCUGGUCCAUGGGGAUGGGAGGCUGGUCUGUGGAGACAGGACGCUGGUUCAUGGAGACGGGAUGCUGGUCCGUGGAGAUGGGAUGCUGGUCUGUGGAGAUGGGAUACUGGUCUAUGGAGAUGGGAUCCUGGUCUGUGGAGAUGGGAUGCUCGUCGGUGGAGAUGGGAUGCUGGUCCUUGGAGGUGGGAUGCUGGUCGGUGGAGGUGGGAUGCUGGUCUGUGGAGAUGGGAUGCUCGUCUGUGGAGAUGGGAUGCUGGUCGGUGGAGGUGGGAUGCUGGUCGGUGGAGGUGGGAUGCUGGUCCGUCGAUUGGGGUGGUCCAGGCCAGGGCUGGUGCUCCUGCAGGUCCUGUGGCCAUGUCUCCUCUGGGCAGCGGUGUCCACAUGA